AUGGCAGCCCUGCUUAACAACGUCAAGGCCAGCUCCGAAGAGUCGAGUGGACGGAGCAGGGGUACCUGGGCGCGCAACGGCGGCCAAGCCACAGGCAUCCUCGAAUGGACAACAGCGACGCCAGAAGCACUUAGGCCUUACCUUGCAGUUAUCGCAGAACGAAUCCCCGUAGACAAGAAACGAUCGGAAGAGGCUUGCACGUUGAAGAUUGAUGGCCUCUUUGUUCAAGGACGUCGGACUGCCAUAGUCUACCGCUGCUCUCAGCAGCCCGCAACGCUCCGCGAGGUACUCCUGAAUAUCGGAAAACCUUCCGGUGAUGACAGGCGUAUCCUCGCCGGUAUCAUCGCGACACAGGUCCGGUCGCUUCACGUCCACUUUCAGCUUCAACAUAUGGCUAUGCGGACCGAGAGUUUCGUUUUCUUCGGCCAUGCCAAAAGGCCUGAUCUCACCAAGCCUUAUAUUCUCGAUUGGUCACGUCGAUCAUCCCCCGACAUGUACCAGCAUCCUCAGUACCGAGUCGAUAAGCCUCUCUGGUUCUACCAAAUCUGGUCUCUACUGAUGGUACUUUCCGAGAUUGCCGAGUGGCGGCCGCUGGACGGAGAAUUUCGCGACAAGGGACAGCUGCUGAGACGACAACAGGCGAGGAGGCGGCUGGUGACAAGUCCGGAUUGGAAGGGCGCCGCGACGGCUGAACUAUUCAAGUACGGCUUCGACUUCCUCGACAGGGAUCGCUCAACACUUGAGAAAUGCAACCACUGGGACGUCAAGCGCUUCUAUGAUGGAUUUUGCGAGCUUCUGGCACGGCCUUUGAAGAGGUAG